AUGAGCAUUCACGGCUACUCGUACUGGACGCGUCGCGAGCCGCUCGUGCCGCGCGAGCAGAUGUGGGCCAAUGAGGAGGCCAAAUCGAUUGACGAGCGCCGCCGACGCUACCGCUGCCGCGACCGGUUCGUGACCCUCGAGGACAUCCCCAGCUGGCCCAUCUAUCGUCAGGGCAUCGCCCAGCGCCUCCGCCAGGAGCGCCGCGAGAAAAUCGAGGCCGCCCAUCGAUGGAUCGCCCAGCAGCGCGAGGCCUACCGUCGUCGAUGCGCCCAACACGAGGCCAAGCGCCAGCGCCUCGAGGCUGCCCGCGAACGCAAGGCCGCACGCCAGGCCAGGCGCCAGGCCAAGCUGGAGGAGAAGCAGCAGAAGCAAGAAGAUGAAGCGAACAAGAAGAACGUAGAAGAAGAAGAAGGUGAGGCCUCGAAGCAGCAGCAAGUAGAACAAGAAAAAGUAGAAGAUGAGAAAAACGUAGAACAACAACAAGAAGGAGAAGUGGUGGAGAAGAAGGCGGAAGAGGAGACUGUAGAAGAAGAGAAGAAGGAGGACAGUGAUGAUGAUGACGAUGAUGUAGACGACGACGACGAUGAUGAUGAGGACGUGACGUCGUCCGAUGAGGAGUCGGAGCUGUCGUCGUCCGAAGAGGAGCCGGUCUUCGCCGAGCUGCCGGACCCGGACGCGGACGAGGAGGUGGAGGAGCAGGCGCCGCCGCCGACGGCCCACUUUGCGCCGGACGAGGAGAUCAACCGGAUCGUGACCAUGUGGCGCGGCGACAUCACCCACCUGGAGAUCGACGCCAUCGUCAACGCCGCCAACCGAUCGAUGCUCGGCGGUGGCGGCAUCGACGGCGCCAUCCACAGGGCUGCCGGCGACGACCUCUACAACGAGUGCAAGCAGCUCAACGGGUGUGCGACGGGCCACUGCAAGAUCACGCGGGGCUACUCGCUGCCGGCCAAGUAUGUGAUCCACACGGUGGGUCCCAUCGGCGAGCACCCCGUCGCCCUCCGCAGCUGCUACCUCAACUGCCUCCGCGUGGCCGUCGCCAACGGCGCCCGGUCCCUCGCGUUUUGCGGUAUCUCGACGGGCAUCUACGGGUAUCCGCUCUACGAGGCGUCGCACAUCGCGCUCAAGACGGUGCGCCGCUGGCUCGAGGAGGGCGACAACCGGACCAAGUUCGACAGCAUCAUCUUCUGCGUCUUCCUGGACAAGGAGCGUCUGUGCUAUGAGCAGCUGAUUCCGCUCUACUUCCCGCUGCCCGGGGCGCCCUACGAGCUGUUGCCCAUGCAGCCGGGCGAAGAGCGCGAGGUGCCGCCCAUGGUCGAGGGCAAGGACUCGUCGUCCAGCGACGACGAUGACAGCGAUGAUGACGAUGACGACGACGACAGCGAUGACGAGGGCGAGGCGGAGAAGGGUAAGGGCAAGAAGACCGCCAAGGGCGCGGCCCCCGUGGCUCCGCCGCCGCCGACCCCCAACGCCGCGAAUGUCGACGCCAACGCCGCGAAUGCCGAGGCGGAGGUCUCCCAGCUGGCCAGCGGUACCCUCGCCUCGCAGCGUGGAAGCCCUCGCCAUCGCGCCCGCGCGCCCGCGGAGGAUCAGACCGCCGCCGCACCGGCCGCCAACGACGCGACCAGUACCACCACCGGCAGCGACGACGCAUCGACCGAUGCCACGCCCGCGCAAUGA